AUGUCAACACAGAAGAACGACUUUCAACCAAUUCAGGACACUGUCAAGAUCAAGCCUCCAAGAAAGCUCAACUAUGAGUAUCUACAGCCACUUGCUGCUGCUCCCAUCAUUGGUCUGAUCAAGUUUGUCGGUAGAGACAGAUAUCCAAGAGUAAACGCUGCCCUCUAUGGAUUAACUGUUGGCGCUGCAUUCAUUCAUGGUGCAUACAUGCUCAACAAGAGUUAUGGCAACUUGGAUGAGCGCUAA